UUCUACGCGCAUGCCACCGUCAAAUAUGUCAAUUUUUUGACAUUAGUUUGACAGCACAUUUGACAGUUUGAAUCACUGUUCUCAAAAUUUAUUGUAAAUAUCUUCAAUAAACUGAAAAUGUCUGGUCUACCAGCUCCAGUUCGUGUUUCACCACUUAUCAAAUUCAGCCGAUGGAGUUUGCUCACAGUGGGAGUCUUGUAUGGGGCAUUCCACCAAAGCAGACUGUCUAAGAAAGAAGCUGCUAUUAGGGAAGUUGAACUUAAACAGAAAGCCAUUCGUGAUGAGAAAUUAGCCGCUGAAAAGAAAAUAGCUGCUGAGAAAGAAAUUGCAGAAUUGGAAGCACUUGCUAAAUAAAUUAUGCAAAAAAUUAUUAUUUGUAAAAUAGUAGAUUAAAGGUACCAACAAAAAACUUCAGUGUCCAAUUUUUUUAACCGAGUGUCCUAAACACCUAUUAAGUUUGUAAUAAGUUGGAAAUAAACAGUAUUUUAGAUCA